GCGGCAUCUGCUCUUUGCUCUUGGAGCUGCUUUCUGUUGCUUCCCCGCCCAUCUGUGCUGUCAGCAGCACCAGUAAAGUUGGCCUCGAACUUAAACGGAACUGAAGGCUCCAGCUUCCAGGAACUCCGUGGGGCAGCCAGGCAGGACCCAGCCUCUGAACUUGGAGCUGGCCCUCCCAGUCCGCAGCUGGCCCUUGCUCCUCUGGUGACACUUCUGCCCCUGACCUGUAGGCCCCCAGCCUGGGCUGAGGAAUGGUGCGCUGAGGUCCCUCUGGAGCCCCUUGUUCCUGCCUGGAGCUGGAGCAGCCCAAGGCCUAGGUCCACAUGGCCAACCUCGUGCAGUCUCAGUUUCCCCUGGCACGGGAGCCAGGGACCUCCUCACCCCUGGACCUGCCGGAGAUGGAGAUGCUUCUCACCAAGGUGGAGAGCAAGGAUGACAAGCCCCUGAAGCUGUCCAAGUCCCUUUCAGGGGCUCUGGACCUGGAGCAGAACGGCCAUGGCCUGCCCUUCAAGGUGGUAUCUGAAGGGCACCGGGAGGCCUCCCUCCCUCGGUCGCCCUCUCGGGCCAGUUCGAGGCGGGCGUCCUCCAUUGCCACCACCUCCUAUGCCCAGGACCAAGAAGUCCCCAAAGAUUACCUCAUCCUAGCCAUCGCUUCCUGCUUCUGCCCUGUCUGGCCCCUCAACCUCAUCCCCCUCAUCUUUUCCAUCAUGUCUCGAAGUAGCGUGCAACAGGGGGACCUGGAUGGGGCCCGGAGGCUGGGCCGCCUGGCCCGGAUGCUCAGCAUCACAUUCAUCAUCAUGGGGAUCAUCAUCAUCAUCGUGGCCACGACUGUCAACUUCACAGUUCCGAAGUAAUACAAGGACCCAGGGCUCUGUGCUAGCGGAGGCCGGCUGUGGCCAGAUGGAAUGCUCCCAACCCAAACACCCCACAUACCACGGAGGACAGCACAGUGACAGCCCACCUGUCCCCGAGCUCCAAAAGCACAAACUUGGAGGAAAACCUCCAAGUCAUUCCAUUGUCAGCCCAUAUCAGAUGGGAAAAACGAGAGGAAGAAAGGAAGGAAGGAAACUCAACUUAUUAUGAAACCAGUGAAUAAUGGGAUUUCAUCUCAUGGACGCAGCCCGGCAGUUUGACCCCAGUGUUCUGGCCUGUUUCUCAUCCCCACAAUUUCCUGGCAUCAACCGAGCAGCAUCUACUGCCAAAAGGAGAAGAAACCAGCCCUACAAACAGACGAACUAUGGUGGGCAGAGAAGCAGCAGACUCUCUGCAUGACCAGGAGCAAAGAUGUGGGACUUCCUUGUAUUUUUCUUGGGAUGAGGGGUGAGAAAAGACUGUUCGCAUGCCUUGUGCCACUCGCCUGCUACCAUCCCAGCCGGAGCCCUGAGCUCAGAGGCCGAGCUGCUGCCCAGCACAUGCCCUGGAACCUCCGGCACCCAGAUAUGCAUCUGCCCUGGAAAGAGGCGACAGCCACACAUAAAUCCUCCAUUGAAGGGUGGAGGCGCCAGUAGGAAUUGUUGCUGAAAACAGGAACAGGGACAGCAUGACCCACAGACCUCUUCCUGAACUUUUUGGCCUUGGGAGCAUCUCUGCCAAGAACUAUGGUCCUGGCGAGUCUCCCAGGAUGACCCAGUCCAUCUUUUGCUCCCUACCUGUGCGGUAGCCUGGGACACCAACCAAGGACUUUCAGGGCCUGACUCCCCCAACCCGCUUUGGUCAGCCAGUGAGGAGGAGCCGGGGCCUGAGCUCUCUCCUGCCCCCCUCUCCCACACUGUCGCCAUGCAGAGUGGCUCAGAUGGGGCUCCUGGCUCCCAAACCAGCCGCAUCUGAUGCUCUGCCUCACCCUGUGCCCCUGGCCAACCACAAACAGCAGAGGCUGUCCCUGGAGGAGGCUUUGGGGUCACCCCUGGGGGGCACUUUCCAGGGGCUCCUAGGCCUUAGCAGUGUUUGUGCUCCCUAAAAGGGAGUGGGCAAGAAAGUUCUCACAAAGGUUUGAUUUUUCUUGGUCUAGAGAAUUCCAAGACAGAAGGAAGAGCUUUGUUGAAGGAUCCAGUCUGUGGGGGAAUGGGGGGGCCCUGGGUUUGGGGAUACACUCAGAUGCCCGGAGGCAGGGGGCUAGACACCACAACCUUUGUCUCAGGACCUAAUGGGAUACCUGAAAGGACCGAGCAGGACCCCUGGGCCUCCUGCCUGGCUUUUGGUCCCAGAUUCUCCCCGGACUUCUCUCUGCUACAGGCUCUGCCCACAGGGGCCUCCCCUGCACCCACCUCCCCCACUGGCUUUGGCUCCCAGACCCUUGGAGGGGGAUACUCCAGGUUUUCUUGCCCCGGGAGGCCCUGCCUAGCAGCCAGGUUACUGCGCUCGAUGGAAGGGCAGGUUCCCAGCCACAGGCAGACUGGCCCCAGGUUAGCCAAGACUGUUUCCCCUGUACUCAUCCAGGACCCUCAUGCCUCUUCUUGGGCACCCCCCCCUCCUCAGAGACCCCUGGAAGGGAAUCUGUUAGCACAGAGGCUCUGUCUGCCAGGAUGGGCUCUGGGUCCUGAGUGCAUCCCUGAGUCUCCUAGGAGUGGCCUCGUGACCACCAGGAGGUGGGGGUGCAGGGCCUAGGGGCACUGGUAGGAUCCCUCUGGGACAGGCUUUCCUGAGUCAGUCCCCCACCAGGGAAUAAACUCAGCCUCUCCCUACCCUAAAGGAGGGGCUGGCUGGGUUUGCUUUAUGGCAACUUUCAGGCAAAAAUAGAGAUGUCCCUAUUUAUCAGAGGAAUGUGGGAUGAGCGCAGAGUAUUUGUGUCACUUGCAAGGUCAGGUCAGGCCAGGGGAGACAUGAGGUCUAUGGAAUACGACGUGCAUAGGGCCCAGCUCUGGAAUGAGGGUCAGGCAUGGACAGUUUCCCACCAGGCCCCAGGGGUCCCCAGCUUCAGCAUUUCAGGGAGAAAUGAGAAGCAAACCAAUGUCUCAUAGGAAAAAUGAUGGCGGAGGUGGGACUCUGCAGACUGUCGCACACACACCCAGACCUACCCUGCCCCCUGCAGUCACACCCACACAAACAGAUGCCGCCACGGACUCACUCCCACACACACACACACACACACACUUGUUCACACCAAAAACCCAGUUGAGAAAGAGAGAAGCCACCAGCAGACAGCCACAGAGCAGGUACACGCAGAAACAUUCUUCCAUUCAGGCAAGAGCAACUCGAGAGCUUUCGAGUCGUACCAAGGACGUAGCUCAGAGGUUUCCAAGGUAUGCAGAAGUAGCAGAGGCCCCAAGAGAUGGGUUCCUCUGGCAGAGAGGAACACAGGGCUGUAGGACAAGAAACCUGGCCGAGAUAAGACUGGGAGGAGACCCUGCUGUCCCAGCUCCAUUGUAGGUCCAGCUGCUGGCUUCAUAAACACAGUGGCCCCGGCUCGGGGUGCUGACCCAGCUUCUUCUGUGUCCCACGGGGAGCAGCAAGAACUACCCCUCACCACGGCUGGCACCCCACUCCCCAGUUCACUCCUCUGUAUUUCUCAGCAUGGAAAGAAAUAAAGCUGAC